UUUGUCUUCAUGUCACGGGCCUGUCAUUUUGUCAGAUUCCGGCCUUUCAUCUGCCACCUUCGCCGGAAUUCCACCGCAUCAGUGCACAGCAGCGAAGUCAGCAAACAGCACCUUUCACUUUGAAUAACACAUCCUAUCGAAGCCACGUUAUCGUGGCUGAAACCCUCCUUUAGCCUUGCUUUCUACCAUGUGUCGAACUACGUUUCCAAAACGGUCUCGUUCGUUUGCAUGCUGUACCUAGGAGUUCUUGACCUUUGUUGAAAGUAACAUAUACAAUUUGCGACACUUUCAUAUUCCAUACUAUGCUUCCUAAUCUCCGACCAUCGCUUGGUGUAGCUUCCACAGUGAUCGGGCAACGGACCGGUCUCGCAGCUGUUGUAGGCAUCCAGGCAGUCGCUGCUACGUCUAGAGCUUUUCGAACAUGCGCAUGCCUCAGCGCAGCAUUAUCUCCGACAGCGGUCACCUCACAAGCCAGCCGAAGCAUCAUACACGACAACCCAACCUUCCAACAGCCCCGAGCCUACCGGCGAUGUGUAGCGAGCCCUACCUUUACACCGACGCCAACACCAUGGCGACCGACGACAACCCGCCUACCCCCAAUCACCGGCCCUCCUCCAUGGGCACAACAACGCCGUUCCGCCUCAGACUGGUGGAACCGCUCCUUUAACGAGCGUGCCGACCCCUACGGUGUCCACCGCCGCUACGCCGACCCGCUCUUCACGAACCAAGACCUCAAGAGGGCCGCACGGCACCAAAACACCAAAUAUCUUCUGGUCUUCUGCGUCGCGGGAACCGUCAUUUUCUACUUCAUCAACCUCGAGACGGUGCCCGUUUCGGGCCGUACGCGCUUCAACAUCUACUCGCGCAAGCUGGUACUCGAGGCCGGCGAACUUUCCUUCCGCCGCUUACUGUACGAUUUGCAAAAGCAAGGCGUCGCCAUCCUGCCUGACUGGGACUGGCGCACGCAGCGCGUGAAGCGGGUGAUGGCGAAGCUGAUUCCCUUUAGCGGCAUGAAAGACGAAAAAUGGGAGAUUUUCGUGAUUGAUGAUCCGCACAAGGCCAACGCGUUCGUUUUGCCCGGGGGGAAGGUGUUUGUUUUCAGCGGGAUAUUGAACCUAGCUAGGACAGACUCGCAGUUGGCGACGGUGCUCGGUCACGAGAUUGCGCAUAACGUCGCCGACCAUGUUGGCGAGCGCAUGUCGCAAACCCUGGGCCUGAAUAUCUUGCUUUAUAGUUUGGUGGUGCUCUGCGGCGCUUUGGGACUUGGGGCCAUCAUCGCCCAGUUUGCGGGCGCGUGGGCGCUCGACACUGCGAUCUCGAACCCGAUGAGCCGCAAGCAGGAGAGCGAGGCGGAUUAUAUCGGCUUGAUGAUGAUGGCGGAGGCAUGCUAUGAUCCGCGGGAGGCGGUAACGUUUUGGGAGAAGAUGGAUAGGAUGUCAAAAGGAGAAGUGCCCGAGUGGAUGAGCACGCAUCCUUCGCACUCGAACAGAAUCGAAAAGAUUCUAGAGUGGUUGCCAGAAGCCCUGGAAAAGAGAGAGAGGAGUGAUUGCCGUACUACUUCCUCGUUUGCGGACCUCUUCAGGCAGGCGUUGUUGAAUGGUGCCAUAGAAAUUCGCCAAUAUUAGACUCGCUUCAGAGACUCUAUCUACUUCUGGAUAACGGCGUGAUCGCAUAAACAAGGGUACCAAUGGGCGGAAGUGAUAUCAUAGGCAGCGAGGCGUUUGAUCUUUCUUUUUGGGAAUAUCAUGGAUUAUUGGGCAUACAACACUUUGGAGAGUACAAUAAGGUUGAGGAGAUAUUAGACCACAGCAUUUUUGUACAAAUGAAAUUCCUACGGCGGGAGGCCAGUAACAAGUCUCAGGUGGCGACAUCCCAGUUUCUUUCACACAUAGAAACUAUCCGCCGCCCACCAGGAUAUUCCAUGCCCAUACCUAGUAACUGGCUUAGCCUCUGAUUAGUCUCGGUAUCUGGUAUUUGAAUCUGAAUGCAACGCAUCUUCGGGGUAUCUUCGCUCAAAACACAAUUAACACCUUUGUCCGGUUCCCUAACCAUAAUUCCCUCUGCUUCCCCUUUCAUGCUUCGUCAAGGUUACUCAGAUUCCACGAUCAGAGUGUCAUCCUCAUUCAAAGGCUCUUACCAGGGACCGAAUCCUACUCCAGGAAGCAAAGCAAUGCCACCACACUUCUUUUCGUCCUAACCUCUCUUCUUCCCGAACAACGGUAACCACCCCGUGCCACCUGCUCAAAAACCGCAUCAACAUUCUCCCCCGUUACACCCGCCGACGUCUCAAACCACGACUCACCCAGUGUCAGCUUCUUGGCGGCUUCCUUCCCUUCCUUUGUUGACACCUUCCUCUCUCCAAUUUCACUGAGUCCGAGUCCGAGUCCGCUCAGUGAACCAGCAGCGGCAGCGGCAGUAGCAGCAAUAGCAGCGCCGCCCAGGAUAUCCACGUCGUUCUUGUUUCCCACCAUCACCAUGGCGAAUUCUCUGACCACGUUUCUGGUUGUCUUUUUGAGGUGGAGAUAAUGCGCCUUGGAUCCUCGGCCGAUCGGUUUGUUAAAGGGCACCAAGUUCUCGCUGAACUGUGGGAGGGAGGCAAAGUGCUCACAGAUGGCGGAGGCGAUGGAUACGGCAUGUUGUAGGGAGGAUGGAUCGGUAACGGAGUAGACGAUGAGGGCGCCAUCGUACUCGGUGAGAGUGCGUGUCCAUAGAUGCGGG